UAUACAAAUUUGUUGGCCAUCUCGUGCUUCAUAUGCUUCAUGCUGCUGCUUCUCUCCGUCUCGAGUCUCGCCGUUGGUUUUCAAUAAUUCCUCAUCAAAAUGAUCUUCUUGAUAUUUUUGAUCACUUUCUCCAACAAUGCACGAAAAUUCACCUCCUCAAACAAGUGCAUGCGCAAGUCAUUGUCAAUGGAUCCAGUAACUCCGCUUUCUUGGCGGCUAGAGUUACUUCGGUUUAUGCUCGUUUCGGGCUUCUUUCUGAUGCGCAAAACGUGUUUAAAACAACCCCAGUUCAUUGUUUGUCGAGUUCUUUGUUGUGGAACUCUAUAUUGAGAGUGAAUGUGUCAAAUGGAUGCUAUGAGAACGCACUUCAACUGUAUGUUGAAAUGCGACAACGAGGGGUUUUGGGUGAUGGGUUUACUUUCCCGCUCAUUAUAAGAGCUUGUAAAUUAAUGGGUAGUUAUAGUUUUGGCAGGAUUGUUCAUAAUCAUGUUUUGCUAAUGGGUUUUCAAGAUAAUGUUCAUGUUGUGAAUGAACUGAUUGGAAUGUAUGCCAAAAUGGGACGGAUUGAUUAUUCGUGUAAGAUGUUUGACAAAAUGCGUGUCAGGAAUCAUGUUUCGUGGAAUUCGAUGGUUUCUGGUUUUGCAUUGAACUAUGAUUGUGAUGGUGCUCUUGACAUGUUUCAGAGAAUGGAAUUUGAGGGAUUGGAGCCAAACCUUGUAACAUGGACUUCACUGUUGUCAAGCCAUGCUCGAUGCGGGCGGCUUGAAGAUACUAUUGGUUUGUUUGACAGGAUGAGGAUGAGAGGAAUUGGAGUUAGUGCUGAAGCACUUGCUGUGGUGUUAUCUGCUUGUGCUGAUUUAGUUGCCUUUAAAAAGGGUAUGGUCAUUCAUGGGUGUGUUUUAAAGGGUGGAUUUGAAAAUUACUUGUUUGUGAAGAAUGCACUUAUAUGUGUGUAUGGGAAGCAUGGGGAUGUAAAAGAGGCUGAGAAAUUGUUUCUAGAAAUGAAAGAUAAGAAUAUAGUCAGUUGGAAUGCUUUGAUAACAUCAUAUGCGGAGACUGGUUUAUGCGAUGAGGCACUUGCAAUAUUUCUGAAGUUGGAGAAUUUAGAUGAUGGUUCAAUGGAGAGACCUAAUGUGAUAAGUUGGAGUGCUGUAAUUGGUGCUUUUGCUUCCAAGGGGAGAGGUGAGGAGUCUUUGUAUCUUUUUCACAAAAUGCAGAAUGCCAAAGUCAUGGCCAAUUCUGUGACAAUUUCUAGUGUUUUAUCAGUUUGUGCUGAGCUAGCUGCACUGAAUAUUGGUAGGGAAAUCCAUGGCCAUGUAGUUAGAGCUUUGAUGGAUACUAGUAUUCUAGUGGUAAAUGGCUUGCUCAAUAUGUACAUGAAGUGUGGAUGUCUUGGGAAAGGACGUUUACUAUUUGAGAGAAUUGACAGAAAGGACUUGAUCUCAUGGAACUCAAUGAUUACAGGGUAUGGCAUGAAUGGACUUGGUGAAAAUGCAAUAGCAACUUUCAAUCAGAUGAUUGAAGCUGGAUUCAAACCAGAUGGGGUCACGUUUGUUGCUCUUCUUUCUGCUUGUAGCCAUGCUGGGCUUGUUGAUGAAGGUCGUAGGCUUUUUGAUAUGAUGGUCAAAGAGUUUAGGAUUGAACCCCAGAUGGAGCAUUAUGCUUGCAUGGUUGAUCUUCUUGGCCGUGCUGGGUUGAUGCAAGAUGCAAGUGACAUUGUUAAAAAUAUACCAAUAGAACCUAAUGCUUGUGUUUGGGGAGCUCUUCUGAACUCAUGUCGGAUGCACAAAAAUACAGAUGUUGCGGAUGCAUUGGCUUCCCGAAUCCUUAGUCAAAACAUGGAGACAACUGGGAACUACAUGCUACUUUCUAAUAUUUAUGCUGCAAGUGGGAGGUGGGAGGAUUCAGCGAGGGUGAGAAUCUCAGCUAAAACAAAGGGUCUAAAGAAAGUUGCAGGGCAGAGUUGGAUUGAGUUGCAGAACAAGGUUCAUAUGUUCUCAUCAGGAAACAGUAUGCAGUUGGAUUUGAAGGAGGUUUGUGAAAUUCUUGAGGAAUUAGCCCGUCAAAUGGAGAGUGAAGGCUAUAUAACUGAUAAAAACAUCAUUGCAGAAGAUGUAGAGGAAGAAAUCAUGGUAAUCACGCUGUAAAAAUAGUGAGACACUGGCUCUCACUCAAGGUUUUGAACCUGAACCAAUUUCUUCUGAAAAUGACGAGCUCUAUUUUUUGGAGGUGCAUUGUUUUGAUCUAAUCUGUAAAUGGGUGGCACAAGGAGGAUAGGCACCAAGUAGGCUAAACUGAAUAGGGGUCAUGUUAUAUUAUUCAAUCAAUUUCAUUCAAGUGU